CUGCUGCGGCUCAUCCUGGAGAUCGUCCAGGAGCUGAAGAAGUACCACGCGGGGGAGUCCAAGCGGCCGCAGCCCCUGGGGCCGCAGGACGCCGCUCCGGGCCGCAGGGAGGCCGCGGACUACGGGCUGGACCCCGAGGAGCAGCGCGCGGAAAUCGUUCCUCGAGAUCUGAGGAUGAAGGACAAGUUUCUAAAGCAUCUGACAGGUCCUCUUUACUUCAGUCCAAAGUGCAGCAAACACUUCCACCGACUUUACCACAACACCCGCGACUGCACGGUCCCGGCAUACUAUAAGCGGUGUGCCAGGCUGCUGACCCGGCUGGCUGUGAGCCCCGUGUGCAUGGACGGGUGAGCAAGUGACUCUGGCGGAGACCCUGAGAAGUGCCUUGGAAACCAACAGGGAAAACAGACCUACUACCCUCAUGAACACCCCCCGUGAACAAGAGAUUUAUUUUUGCAGACUUCCGUACUCCUUGAAUUUCUGUUGUUGACACGGUCUGCAGACACGUGUCAAUAAGUGCACCUGAAGGCAAGCCUGCCACUCUCUGCUUUAGGAACAAGGAAGCUCCAUGCUGGCCAGGUGACACUAUGGAAGGCGGAGGCCUCUCCCUCUCCUGAUCAAGUGAAAUCACAGAGUAUUUCCUUAGAAACAUAUGCAGAUUUGAAACUAUAUUUUCAUAUGGCACAUGGUAUGAUUUAGUAUUUUAUUACUUUUACGGUUAAAUUCCCAGAGUAGUAUUUGGAACUGCAUGAAAAGUUUUUAACAAGAAGGUAAACCUCGGCCGUGUUUAGGAGACAGUGGGUGUAAGCCGUGAGCACCCCGAGGCUCAUUCACCUGUCCUUUAUGUAAUAAAUGUACAACAGUGUCAGCAUCCUGUGCAAUAUGUAAAUACUGUAAAUAAGACAAGUAAUAAAGUGUUUGUUAUAAUAAAACCCUAAGUGAACUUUA